AUGGACGUGGACGUGGACGUGGACGUGGACGUGGACGUGGACAUGGACGUGGACGUGGACGUGGACGUGGACAUGGACGUGGACGUGGACGUGGACGUGGACGUGGACAUGGACGUGGACGUGGACGUGGACGUGGACGUGGACGUGGACGUGGACAUGGACAUGGACGUGGACGUGGACGUGGACGUGGACGUGGACGUGGACAUGGACGUGGACGUGGACGUGGACGUGGACGUGGACCUGGACGUGGACGUGGACGUGGACGUGGACGUGGACGUGGACAUGGUCGUGAACGUGGACAUGGACGUAAACGUGGACAUGGACGUGGACGUGGACGUGGACGUGGACGUGGACGUGGACGUGGUCGUGGACGUGGACGUGGACGUGGACGUGGACGUGGUCGUGGACGUGGACGUGGACGUGGACGUGGACGUGGACGUGGACGUGGUCGUGGACGUCCACGUGGACGUGGACGUGGACUUGGACGUGGACGUGGACGUGGACGUGGACAUGGACAUGGACGUGGACGUGGACGUGGACGUGGACCUGGACGUGGACGUGGACGUGGUCGUGGACGUCCACGUGGACGUGGACUUGGACGUGGACGUGGACGUGGACGUGGACAUGGACGUGGACGUGGACGUGGACGUCGACGUGGACGUGGACGUGGACGACGUGGACGUGGACGUGGACGUGGACGUGGUCGUGGACGUGGACGACAUGGACGUGGACGUGGACGUGGACGUGGUGGACGUGGACGUGGACAUGGACGUCGACAUGGACGUGGACGUGGACGUGGACAUGGUCGUGGACGUCCACGUGGACGUGGACGUGGACUUGGACGUGGACGUGGACGUGGACAUGGACGUGGACGUGGACGUGGACGUGGUGGACGUGGACGUGGACGUGGACGUGGACGUGGUCGUGGACGUCCACGUGGACGUGGACUUGGACGUGGACGUGGACGUGGACGUGGACGUGGACAUGGACAUGGACGUGGACGUGGACGUGGAAGUGGACGUGAACAUGGACGUGGACGUGGACGUGGACUUGGACCUGGACGUGGACGUGGACGUGGACGUGGACGUGGACAUGGACGUGGACGUGGACGUGGACGUGGACGUGGACAUGGACGUGGACGUGGACGUGGACGUGGACGUGAACGUGGACAUGGACGUGGACGUGGACAUGGACGUGGACGUGGACAUGGACCUGGACGUGAACGUGGACAUGGACGUGGACGUGGACGUGGACGUGGACGUGGACGUGGACGUGGUCGUGGACGUGGACGUGGACGUGGUCGUGGACGUGGACGUGGACGUGGACGUGGACAUGGACGUGGACGUGGACGUGGACGUGGACGUGGACGUGGACGUGGUCGUGGACGUGGACGUGGACAUGGACAUGGACGUGGACGUGGACGUGGACAUGGACGUGGACGUGGAAGUGGACGUGGACAUGGACGUGGACGUGGACGUGGACGUGGACGUGGACCUCGACGUGGACGUGGACGUGGACGUGGACGUGGACGUGGACGUGGACCUGGACGUGGACGUGGACGUGGAUGUGGACGUGGACGUGGACGUGAACGUGGACAUGGACGUGAACGUGGACAUGCACGUGAACGUGGACAUGGUCGUGAACGUGGACAUGGUCGUGAACGUGGACAUGGUCGUGAACGUGGACAUGGACGUGAACGUGGACAUGGAGGUGGACGUGGACGUGGACGUGGACGUGGACAUGGACGUGGACGUGGACGUGGUCGUGGACGUGGACAUGGACGUGGACGUGGUCGUGGACGUGGACGUGGACGUGGACGUGGACGUGGAGGUGGACGUGGACGUGGACGUGGACAUGGACGUGGACGUGGACGUGGACGUGGACGUGGACGUGGACGACGUGGACGUGGACGUGGACGUGGACGUGGUCGUGGACGUGGACGUGGACGUGGACGACAUGGACGUGGACGUGUACGUGGUGGACGUGGACGUGGACAUGGACGUGGACAUGGACGUGGACGUGGACGUGGACGUGGACGUGGUCGUGGACGUCCACGUGGAUGUGGAUGUGGACUUGGACGUGGACGUGGACGUGGACGUGGACAUGGACAUGGACGUGGACGUGGACGUGGACGUGGACAUGGACGUGGACGUGGACGUGGACGUGGACGUGGUCGUGGACGUGGACGUGGACGUGGACGUGGACUUGGACGUGGACGUGGACGUGGACGUGGACGUGGUGGACGUGGACGUGGACGUGGACGUGAACGUGGACAUGGACGUGAACGUGGACAUGGACGUGAACGUGGACAUGGACGUGAACGUGGACAUGGACGUGAACGUGGACAUGGUCGUGAACGUGGACAUGGACGUGGACGUGGACGUGGACAUGGACGUGGACGUGGACGUGGUCGUGGACGUGGACAUGGACGUGGACGUGGACGUGGACGUGGUCGUGGACGUGGACGUGGACGUGGACGUGGACGUGGACGUGGACGAGGACAUGGAUGUGGACGUGGUGGACGUGGACGUGGACAUGGACGUGGACAUGGACGUGGACGUGGACGUGGACGUGGUCGUGGACGUCCACGUGGACGUGGACGUGGACAUGGACGUGGACAUGGACGUGGACAUGGACAUGGACGUGGACAUGGACGUGGAAGUGGACGUGGAUGUGGACGUGGACAUGGACAUGGACGUGGACGUGGACAUGGACGUGGACGUGGACAUGGACGUGGGCGUGGACGUGGACAUGGUUGUGGACGUGGACGUGGACGUGGACGUGGACGUGGAGGUGGACAUGGACGUGGACGUGGACAUGGACGUGGACAUGGACGUGGACGUGGACGUGGACGUGGUCGUGGACGUCGACGUGGACGAGGACGUGGACUUGGAGGUGGACGUGGACGUGGACGUGGACGUGGACGUGGUGGACGUGGACGUGGACGUGGACGUGGACGUGGACGUGGACAUGGACCUGGACGUGGACGUGGACGUGGACGUGGACGUGGACGUGGACAUGGACGUGGACGUGGACGUGGACGUGGACGUGGACGUGGACAUGGACAUGGACGUGGACGUGGACGUGGACGUGGACGUGGACGUGGACGUGGACAUGGACAUGGACGUGGACGUGGACGUGGACGUGGACGUGGACCUGGACGUGGACGUGGACGUGGACGUGGACGUGGACAUGGACGUGGACGUGGACGUGGACGUGGACGUGGACGUGGACAUGGACGUGAACGUGGACAUGGACGUGGACGUGGACAUGGACGUGAACGUGGACAUGGACGUGAACGUGGACAUGGUCGUGAACGUGGACAUGGACGUGAACGUGGACGUGGACGUGGACGUGGACGUGGACAUGGACGUAGACGUGGACGUAGUCGUGGACGUGGACAUGAACGUGGACGUGGACGUGGUCGUGGACGUGGACGUGGACGUGGACGUGGACGUGGACGUGGACGUGGACGUGGACGUGGACGUGGACGUGGACGUGGAGGUGGACGUGGACGUGGACGUGGACGUGGAUGUGGACGUCGACGUGGACGUGGACGUGGACGACGUGGACGUGGACGUGGACGUGGACGUGGUCGUGGACGUGGACGACAUGGACGUGGACGUGGACGUGGACAUGGUGGACGUGGACGUGGACAUGGACGUCGACAUGGACGUGGACGUGGACGUGGACAUGGUCGUGGACGUCCACGUGGACGUGGACGUGGACUUGGACGUGGACGUGGACGUGGACAUGGACGUGGACGUGGACGUGGACGUGGUGGACGUGGACGUGGACGUGGACGUGGACGUGGUCAUGGACGUCCACGUGGACGUGGACGUGGACUUGGACGUGGACGUGGACGUGGACGUGGACGUGGACAUGGACAUGGACGUGGACGUGGACGUGGAAGUGGACGUGGACAUGGACGUGGACGUGGACGUGGACGUGGACCUGGACGUGGACGUGGACGUGGACGUGGACGUGGACAUGGACGUGGACGUGGACGUGGACGUGGACAUGGACGUGGACGUGGACGCGGACGUGGACGUGGACGUGGACAUGGACGUGGACGUGGACGUGGACGUGGACGUGGACGUGGAAGUGGACAUGGACAUAGACAUGGACGUGGACGUGGACAUGGACGUGGAAGUGGACGUGGACAUGGACGUGGACGUGGACGUGGACGUGGACGUGGACCUGGACGUGGACGUGGAAGUGGACGUGGACGUGGACGUGGACAUGGACGUGGACGUGGACGUGGACGUGGACAUGGUCGUGAACGUGGACAUGGACGUGAACGUGGACAUGGACGUGGACGUGGACGUGGACGUGGACGUGGACGUGGUCGUGGACGUGGACGUGGACGUGGUCGUGGACGUGGACGUGGACGUGGACGUGGACAUGGACGUGGACGUGGACGUGGACGUGGACGUGGACGUGGUCGUGGACGUGGACGUGGACAUGGACAUGGACGUGGACGUGGACGUGGACAUGGACGUGGACGUGGACGUGGACGUGGACGUGGACGUGGACGUGGACGUGGACCUGGACGUGGACGUGGACGUGGACGUGGACGUGGACGUGGACGUGGACCUGGACGUGGACGUGGACGUGGACGUGGACGUGGACGUGAACGUGGACGUGGACGUGAACGUGGACAUGCACGUGAACGUGGACAUGGACGUGAACGUGGACAUGGUCGUGAACGUGGACAUGGACGUGAACGUGGACAUGGACGUGGACGUGGACGUGGACGUGGACGUGGACGUGGACAUGGACGUGGACGUGGACGUGGUCGUGGACGUGGACAUGGACGUGGACGUGGACGUGGUCGUGGACGUGGACGUGGACGUGGACGUGGACGUGGAGGUGGACGUGGACGUGGACGUGGAGGUGGACGUGGACAUGGACGUGGACAUGGACGUGGACGUGGACGUGGACGUGGACGUGGACGACGUGGACGUGGACGUGGACGUGGUCGUGGACGUGGUCGUGGACGUGGACGUGGCGUGGACGUGGACGUGGACGUGGACGUGGUCGUCGGUCAGUAUCGGAACUUAA